GUGUGGGAUUUUUCUGCGAUGGGGAUGUGCUACAGUCUGCGUCCGCGACUGUUCAGCGACCCCAUCGCUUCCCUGUCCACCUCGACCCUGGACUCGGAACGACGACAACAACAACAACAACAGCCUCAGACGCAGACAUGUCAGGGAGAUGCUCAACAACAACAACAACAACAAAAUGGCGGAGACAGAGAGAGACUGCAAAUGCUCCAAUUGACCACAACCCGGGCCCCUCCGGCCCAAGGGAAGAAGGCUGAAUGUACAGCCACACAACUGCCUUCACACCUGCAACAACAACAACAACCACCACCACCACCACCACCAAACAAGAAUUGGGACAAGUUGAAGGCGGAGGAGAAAGAGGCGGAAAGGGAGGCGAGGAAGAUCAGCAAGGACAUCGACAAAGUGCUGAAGGAACAGAAACGGGAAUACAAGCAAACUCACAGGCUGCUUCUGCUGGGUAAGAAAGGUCAACCGUAAUAAUAAUCAUAAUAAUAGUCCUGGCAUUUGAUAC